AUGCCAACCCACCAGCAACAACAAUCCUCCUACAACCAAAACCACAACCGUAACAAUAACAAUAGCAAUAGCAAUAGCAAUGACUGCCAAUCCCGCUCGCGCCCUUCCUCCGCCACAGCCGCAUAUACUACCAACCUCACAACCAACCCUGCAUAUUCAACCUCAACCUCAUCACAGGCACAGGCACAAGCACAACACCAACAACUCCUCCCACAAACAUCCAUGGCUAUGUCCACUGCCAAAACGCGCCAAUAUGCACAACUACACUCCCAGCUCGCGCAGCUGAAUGCGCACUUAGCCGAUAUGGAAAAUCUCAUGCGCAUGACAGCUGCGCAGGCGGGCGAUAUGCGGUUUCUUGGUGGUUAUGUGGGGGGGAUGUUCAUGGGAGCUGCGAAGGUAUUGGGGGAGGAAGGCGGUGACAAGGGGGGUGGGGGUGCCGGCGAACGUGGGAGUGGGAGGAAAGGGGGUGGUUAG